GGCCUGCCUGAGAUUUCACGGACUGCCGUGGACGCCGGGCUGGCGAUCGAUGAUCAGUUGAUGACGCGCGAUCGGUGUGAGGACAGACUGACAUUACUGCGCCGACAUCAAGCCUAGAUGCUGCCCUCAGCCGCCCGAAGAGCAGCAUCAGUAGGCUCGGGACCGAUUCGAGAUGUCUCGAUGCAGCUUCUUCCGCCUCUGCCGCUCUACCGACGGCUCUUGCGCGUUCACCGAAAGCAACUACCCAAUGAGAUGCGACUCAUGGGCGACCUCUACAUCAAAGAUGAGUUCAGGCGGCAUCGAUCGACGGACAACCCGCUUCAUAUCGUCGGCUUUCUCGCCCAAUGGAAGACUUACCUCGACGAGUUGGAGCGACAGCAGCCCGGCAUGAGGGAGGGCAAGCCGCUCGACAAUGCAUUGCUCGACAAGCUCUCGAGCGAGCAGAUUGGACAAUUGCAUGAGCUCAUGACCGCGACAAAGGAGAUCUACGCCUCUGACGGUGACCUGACUGCGCCGCCGGAUGCGCCGAGACCUAUGUCAGGAGACGGGGGCGAUAGUAGCAAUGCGGCAGGCAAGAGAUAGCAUGAGAAGUGAUGCAUUGUAUCAUUUGAGCAAUGCUCUGAACGCGUCCUGACCCAUGCCCGACAUGGGCUGAUCUGUCUGCAUGCUCUCGGGAGGCGCGGGCGUGUCCCCAUUCGGCGUCGGUGCAGCG